CACUCUCAUAAAUGCAAUCUCAAACUCAUUUCUUCUUCGAUUCACUGAAAGCUUCGCUCUCUGCGGAUAUGGAAACCUCCAAUUCUGAUCAGGUUCCAACCAUGGUAAUUGGGGAGAAAGUCCUGCUUGAGGAAGCAAACAAGCUUGAACUGGAGGCAUCACAGCAGAAUAGGGUCAAAUCUGAAUGUAUACCUGCAUUUGAGGAAUUUGAGGAUUUACUCCACGACGUCUAUGUCAUGUCUCGUCCAAAUGAAAGUGAUUAUUACAAUCGAAAAGACUUGGUCCGAAUCUUUAAUGAGAUAGCAAAGGAAAUCUAUGGAAAAUCUGAUGAGAUUCCUGUUGUGGAGGAAUUUGGCUCUUUCUUGAUGGAUAUUUUCAGCUCUAAAAGUGAUCUAGAUUUGUCUGUUAACUUCGGUAAUAAUACAGCUGAUUUCCCGAGGGAGAAGAAGAUUCAACAUCUUCGAAAGUUCUCAAAAAAGUUUCAUCAACUUAAGAGAAAGGGGCAUGUUUCCAGUGUUCAACCAAUCUUCAAUGCUAAGGUGCCUAUUUUGAAACUUGUUGAUCGUGGAACUGGAAUUGAAUGUGACAUAUCGGUUGAGAACAGGGAUGGAAUAGUGAAAUCCCAGAUCAUACGCAUGAUUUCUUCAAUUGAUGAAAGAUUCCAGAUGCUAAGUUUUCUGAUGAAAUCUUGGGCAAAAGCAAAUGAUAUUAACAGUUCGAGAGACCGGACUCUGAACUCCUUAUCCAUCAUAUCAUUGGUUGCUUUCCAUCUCCAGACUCGAGAUCCUCCUAUAUUACCUCCAUUCUCUGCAGUACUCAAAGAUGGUACUGAUCCUGCACUAGUGGAGAAGCUAGUUAAUAAUUUUUUAAACUAUGGAAAGAGGAAUGGUGAAUCUCUGGGUGAACUCUUUAUCAGUCUACUAAUCAAGCUAGCAUCAAUUGAGGAACUUUGGCCUAAGGGUCUUUGUGCCAGCACAUAUGAAGGAUCUUGGAUCUUGAAAACAUGGGAUUCUAAAUAUGACUCUAUAAGGGUUGAAGAUUUUACUGAUCGGUCUCAAAAUAUUUCAAGAGCAGUAGGAGCACCAGAACUAAAAAAAAUCUACGAUUGCAUCCACUUUUCCAAUUACUAUGUUUCUGGGUUCUUGAAUGGACAGAUUCAAAGAACCAAGUUGAUGGAAUAUUUGUUCGGGCAGGAGCUUAUACCUGCUCUAGAAGAGAAACGCACCUUUAACUUGGGAAAAAGAAUGACGGAGUCCUGCAUUUCUUCUGUGGACCCUGUCCAAAUUAAAAAGAUGCGACCUGGACCUGCUGCUGGACCAUGCUCAGAGGAGAGAGAGCAACCUGCUACUACUCCUAUCCAAGCAAGCAAUAUGCAUUAUAUGAAUGUGAAAGGUUGGGGAGGAAGGCAGUGGCAAACAGCUACAAAAAGUUGGACUGGAAAUCCUACUCCUACAUUGAGUUUGGGGGGCAGAAUGAAUGAUGCUAUUGAUCCCCCGGAUGUACUAGUGAAAGGGAGGAAGAAUAAGUCGCAACAAAAACGAAGUCGAUGUGCAAGUGCAAAUCAAGCAAAAGCUGAUAACUAAGGCUCUGCAAUAGGUAAAGGUUGUGGUUGCAGUUGGGGUUGCUUCUUGUUCCUUUAAUCCCCGUUGUAAAGUUUCAAAAGCUAACUGUAUCACAAAAUAUGUUCUAUCAAUACCAACAAAGAAAGUGGACGACUCAGCCCAGUACAGGUACAGUUGCUUCCCAUUUUAUGAUACAAGAUCUCUAUUGUAUCCUAAAACGGGAAGGUCUUGUAUCCUAAAACGGGAAGCAACUGUACCUCUACUGAGCCGAGCCAUUCACUUUUUUUGUUGGUAUUGACAUAACCUUUUUUGUGAUACCGCAACCACAAUCUGUAAUAUGUUUGCUUCUAGAGUAGGAAUGUGUUAUUGGAUUCUUCUAGUGAUGUUUUAUUUGCAUUGGGGGUAUAUGUAAUUUGGGAAACUAUGUAUUCUUGUAGCAGCCUUGCGAACUUCUCUAUUGACUCUAUCUAUUUGCUUCUGUUUGUUAGGACUUUGGGAUAUUACUGUCAAUGAAGCCUUGGAUUAGUGGCAAGGCAGAGAACCUGGAACCCUUUUAAGUCCCAGGUUUAGUUAUUGCUUUGUGUAAGAUCUUAGGGUUUCUCUAUAGACCUGCUUCCUUUCAUUUGAUUUGAAUUUAUAUUUGAUAUAUUUUGAUGAUGUAUGGUUUAAUGCUUCAAUUCAUUGUAUAUCCCCACAAACACAUAUAUUUGAUUUGUUUCUUUCAAAGAGCCAUAGCUGAAGUUUGAAACCACAGCUAACUUUAGGAUUAGAGACUAUUCUUUCCCUAAGGGAAGGUUCAAUGAUCAUACUUCGGACUGAUUGUUUCCCCUAAAGUUGUUGGUUUUC